AUGCUGCCGUAUCUUCUGCUUAUGAACCGUUUAAAAAGCAAUCGGCGGGAGGAAUUACAAGUAGGUAAUCCAGAAUGCUGCAGGACCUGUCUAGGAUCUGAAAAUCUCUCUGAUAUUUUCCAAUCUAAAAACAUAAUGAUAAAACGUAUGCAACAACUUAAGUUAACUACUGGAUUACGGAUAAAAUAUAAUGAUGGAUUAUCACAGAAAAUAUGUUCACAAUGCUUAGACAUGAUGGAGACUGCAUUAAAAUUUAGACAGAUAAGCUUAGAAUCACAAGAGGCAUUGCUUGAUAUGAAACAUUAUAAAGAAUCUGAUGAAAAUAGAUUAAAAAUAAAAAUUGAAAGAGAUAAUGAUUUUCAGGAAGUAGAAAUUGAGUUUGCAAAAAAGAGCAUGCAUAGACAAACAACAAAUCUAUGUCAGAAUAAAAAUCUAAGGUUGAAAAUGGUAAAAGUGAAAAAGAAGGUUAGAAAAAAGAGAAAGUCUAUGCAAAUACCAAAUGCAGAUUCAUACACAUGUCCCGUUUGUCAAAUGGUGUUUACAAUUAAAUCUUCAUUUGCACAGCAUGUGAGAUAUCACUAUAACCCGUAUGUUUGUGAGUUAUGCGGGAAGCGGUGUAGGUCUAUUUCGACACUGGAAGCCCACAAGCGCGCGAAACACGGUCUUGAAAAGAUUUACAAAUGUGAUCAAUGUGAGAAAGAAUUUGCAUAUCGAGAAGCUUAUCAGAUUCACGUUCGAACGCAUACCGGCGAAAAGCCGUACAUUUGCGACAUAUGCGGGGCUGGAUUCCACAGACGCGGGACUUUUGUUCAGCAUUUAGGAGUACAUAAUCCAGAAAACACUGUACAGUGUGAUCUGUGUCCGACGCGAGUUAAAUCUCUACAAUUUCUAUAUUCACACAAGAACAGAGUACAUUCGGGUAAACGGUAUCGCUAUAUUUGUCCCAUCUGUGACAGAAGAUUCGAUUUACCGACGAAAGUUAAGAAACAUGCGUUAGAAGAGCAUCAAGUUGGUGAUAAGGAUUUAGGAACCAUAGUUAGGAUUAAUACAUUCCUUCAAAAUACAUCGCAAAAGCGUUUAUCGGAUUCGGGAACGAAUGACUAA